GGCGGCCGGGCGGAGCGGCGGGGGGUGGUGGUGGCGGAGCGCGAUGGUAGCGGGGCGCGACCGGGCGCGCUGAGGGGAGGGGAGGGGAGGGAUGGACGGACGGAUGGACGGAGAGAGACGGGAGGAGGGCGCCAUGCGGUCCCUGAACAUCACCCCGGAGCAGUUCGUGCAGCUCCUGCGGGACAACAACGUGACACGAGAGCAGUUCAUCGCCCUGUACGGGCUGCAGCCGCUGGUGUACGUCCCGGAGCUGCCGGGCCGCACCAAGGUGGCUUUCGUCCUCAUCUGCGUGCUCAUCUUCGCCCUGGCGCUUUUCGGCAACUGCCUGGUUCUCUACGUGGUGACCCGCAGCAGGGCCAUGAGGACCGUCACCAACAUCUUCAUCUGCUCCCUGGCGCUCAGCGACCUCCUCAUCGCCUUCUUCUGCGUCCCCUUCACCAUGCUGCAGAACAUCUCCUCCGAGUGGCUGGGCGGUGCCUUCGCUUGCAAGAUGGUACCGUUUGUUCAAUCCACUGCCAUUGUAACUGAGAUUCUUACAAUGACCUGCAUUGCUGUGGAAAGACACCAGGGAAUUGUGCAUCCACUAAAAAUGAAAUGGCAGUACACCAAUAAAAGGGCUUUCACGAUGCUUGGCAUAGUCUGGUUGCUGGCAGUUAUUGUUGGGUCACCUAUGUGGCAUGUGCAACGGCUUGAGAUUAAAUAUGACUUCCUGUAUGAAAAAGUGCACGUCUGUUGCUUGGAAGAAUGGGCCAGUCCAACUUAUCAGAAGAUAUAUACCACCUUUAUACUUGUUAUACUCUUUCUACUUCCACUGAUAUUGAUGCUUUUCUUGUACACUAAAAUUGGUUAUGAACUCUGGAUUAAGAAACGAGUGGGAGAUGCUUCAGUUCUUCAAACCAUUCAUGGGAGUGAAAUGUCUAAAAUAUCAAGGAAGAAGAAGCGAGCAAUUGUUAUGAUGGUGACAGUGGUGUUUCUCUUUGCAGUCUGUUGGGCCCCUUUCCACAUUAUUCAUAUGAUGAUGGAAUACAGUAACUUUGAAAAGCAGUAUGACGAUGUGACAAUCAAAAUGAUCUUUGCAAUCGUUCAAAUCAUAGGAUUCUUCAAUUCUAUUUGCAACCCUAUUGUGUAUGCUUUCAUGAAUGAGAACUUCAAGAAAAAUUUUCUGUCUGCCAUCUGCUUCUGCAUUGUCAAAGAAAGUGCAUCACCAACCAGGCAACUUGGGAACUCAGGGAUUACUAUGAGGCGCCAAAAGGCAAGUGUUUCUCAGAGAGGUCCUACUGACUCGGACGAGGCCAGGAGAGAGGCGUUCAGUGAUGGCAACAUUGAAGUAAAUUUCUGUGAUCAACCAUCUUCAAAAAGGAAUUUGCAAAGGCACCUUACUUUAUUCAGCUCUGAGCUUCCUGUGCAUUCUGCAAGUGUACAGUAGCAUAACAGAGGCUUUGGGGAUGGAAUAAAAUAUUCUUUUUGUAAAACUUUGAACAAGCCAUUUAAAAUAGUUUUCUAAUUUGCAUGCUGAAGUGAGGGGGGGAAAUAUUUUGAUUAUAGUAAUGUUGGAAUAGUAGUUCAGAAAAUGUAAUAUAUUUUAUAUAAGGAUAAGGAAUAAAACUUUGGAAAAAUGUUACUGUGUGAUUUCAAGAUAAAUAUUUUUCUUCCUAAGCUAAUUUAGGGCUUGCUUGCCCUUUGCUUUAGGUAGAACAAAAAUUAGUUUUUUGCCAGUUUAUUCUGUCUGGAUGUUGGCAUGCUUCUGGACUGUAUUCAGCUGAAUGCUAGAAGAGAGGCACUAUGGAGAGAGUGCACACUUCCUUUGGGCAGCUUGGGAAGCUCGCAAGGGUCUAACAUUGUCUGUGUGAUCUGCUGUCUGGAGCUCUGAGGACUGAGAGUCUUCAGCUCUGAGUUCAAGGAAAAUGUACACUGAGACGAAAUUCUGUUUUGCAGAGAGUCAGCAAUAAUUUGGUUCUGAUGAGAUUUAGACACAUGCCUAUGUGAAUUUUAUUAACAAGAAGCAUAUUAGAAAUUAACAAUGCAUACAUAACUAAUGCUCUGCUUUUACAGGUUUUUUCUUGGGUACAAAAUUAAAUGCCAGUGUACUGCCCUGUAAAACACGCUAUUCCUACUGAAAAAUGUGGAACUUGAAAGUGCCAUACAAAUCAAGGGUCUGCAGAGGUUGUGGUCUGUAGAUAAGCUCUGUGAUCACUCUUAGUCAUGCUUUGAUAAAUAGCCUGUGUGUUGCAAUUGUUGCCACUUUCUGGAGGCAUGUGAGGGCCAGUCCCAGAACUUGCUGGACUCUGCGUAAGACUUUCAGUUGAAUAGUAUUGGCUUUUGACCAGUCACUUAUCUGAAGAUUUGCACAAACUGUCUCUCCCUCAUCUUCCAACUGUGUUAAUUACUGUGGAAGAACAGGGUCAGUAUUACAAAGUUGGAAUCCAUAUAAAGAAUUAAACAAAAACAAGCAAAGCAAGAACAACAAAACCGCCCCAAAAAAACAAGCUUGCUAUCACUGGGUCAAACUGAGAGACUGGAAAAUCAAAGGAUUCUUAUAAAUGUGGGAUUGGAGAAAAAGUGUGAUCUAGUAUGGUAUACUGUGAUCUGAUCCCACUGAUAAUGCUUUGAAAUAUGUAAUUUGCAGCUCCAGAUGAGAUUAGGCUGGAUCCUUUAAUGGUCUGUGAAACGUUGGUGCUUUUUUGUCACCUCUCACUUCCCCUACUAGACUUUGCUGCUCCCUUGAUGGUGACUUUUAAGUUUAUUUUAUAUUGAUGCUUAUGUUUCAUUGUCAAUUAAAAUUUUAAUUACUCAUGUAUAAAUUGGGACUAAUCAGAUCCUUAUGUAAUAUUUACUGAUAUUUGGAUAACGCGCUCUGAUGCUGAUUUGUGAUGUACUCUUUAUUUAAAUUUAUAUUUAUUAUAUUUAUUAUUAUUUAUACUGUAUAUGAUGUACUUUAGUACAAUUGUAGAGGAAGAUUCCCAGCUUGUCCUGACAGCCAGGAAUUAAGAGCACUCUUACUCAAUCUAGUUUAUGUAUUACAUAAAAUACCAAUUUCAGAGAGCGGUGUCUGGAUAGAACAGAAUGAGUGAAGUCAGUUACUGCUUCAUUCAGCCACACAAACGUGCCCUUUUGCAUUACCUUUGAAUAAUGCUGGUAAACAGCAGCAGCAGCAAUUUUUGCUUGUGAUUACAACUGUGUUUGCCUUUGCUUUUCUGUCUUAGUUUGUCUUUCUGGAAACAGGUCUUAAGUUCCCUGCCCUGAAGAACAAGGGCUUAGAGAGAUCAAUUAUGACAAUUUUCCUCAGUUGACGCGAGGUCUAUCUGGCUGAUGAUAACUGUAUGGUUUGACAGAUCUGUAAAAAGCACUUUAUUUUAAACUUUUUUUAUUUCGUACUGCUAAUGUCAGUCAUGUAUUUCAGCAGCAAAAGUGAUAGCUGUUUUACAAAGCUUCCAAGUAUUGUAUAUGUUUGUUUUGUCUUACCUGUUUGUUCAGUUUUCUCAUAAAAGUUAUGUCCACAAGUGACUGUAUUCACUUCUUUCAUUAAAAUUCCAUUUUAAUGGAGCAUCUACUAUGAACUUUGUGUCUACU